AAAUGUCUGACCAGAAAAAUAUUGUACACAGAGCCCAUUGUAUUGAAAAACUACUGUCUGAGAACAAUUUCAAAGAUAUUGAAGAUCAUCUUAAAGACCUUGAAGAUGUUGAUAUGACUAUAGAGUAUCUUCAGGGGACAGAAGUCACCAAGGCUGUAUACAGAGUACUCAAGGGCUGCCCUUCAGUAGAGCUGAAAAAGAAAGCAAAGCAGUUAUUAUCAAGGUGGAAAGCACUUUACAAGAAUAACUAUGUUAAGGCACUGCGAUUUAAAAAAUCACUUUCUGUGAAUGAGAGAGGGGAAGUUGAACAUCUCGGUGUGGUUCCUAGAGAGCAGUCGCUGUCUGAAGGUCAGCGGGAGGCAUUAGAUGCUACUGGUUCUAAAAUUUUGGUCCCAUCGCAAACUGUUAAAAACGUGGUACGGCAUGACGCAGAAGGCAGCGUGAAUCAGCUUUCUUCCUUUGAGGAACAACACACUGAUAAUGAAGAUUCUAAAACUCUUGUUAAUGAAGCAAGUCUGCAGCAGGAUCCGAUGAGAGCUCUGAGGUGUAAAUGUACGGAUCUUCUUUACAAAGCUUUGACUGGUUCUGCCAAAGAUGAAGAAGAGACCGAUAAAUGUCUAGAGCUAUCUAAAGAAAUCGAAGAACAUAUUUUUGCUCUUCAUGCUAAAAAUGACAAAAAGUAUAAAAAUUGCAUCAGAAGCAAAAUCUCAAACCUGAAGAACCCUAAAAGUUGCCACUUAAAACAUAAUCUUUUUUCAGGGACUUUGAGUCCAAAGGCUUUUGCUGAGAUGACAGUGAUGGAAAUGGCCAGCGAUGAACUGAAACAGCUCAGGGCUCUGUACACAGAAUCAUCUGUUCAGGAACAUCAGCUUCCACAAGUUAUUUACGGCACACAGACAAACAAAAUAAAGUGUAGGCGCUGUGAAAAAUUUGAUUGCACUGUCACUAUGAUCGCCAGAGGAACUCUCUUUCUUCCAGGUUGGGUGCGAAACACAAAUCCAGAUGAACAGAUGUUGACUUACGUUAUUUGUAAUGAAUGUGGAGAACAGUGGUAUCACAGCAGAUGGGUCUGUUUGUAACGCUAUCCCUCUUUAGUAAGUAUUUUAGAAACAUAGAUGUGAGAAGCUAUCUCUGUUGAAACUAUAUAAUUUAAAAUUUUGUAUUGAUAUUUUGAAGAUGCUGCCACUAAAAAGUGCAAAAUCAGUUUUUAAAAAUCGCUAAGUUAUUUUUGAAGAUGAAUAAAUCUCUGUGGUUUGAAGUAAUGUCAAUAGGUAAAGAAAUAAAAGAAAAAAGGGGAAAAUGGUAACACUA